UCCGCUCGUCCUUCCCACCGCAUACAACCAGCUAGAUCUACCAUCAGCAGAGAGCUCAGCUCAUUCAGGGGUACAAGCAGGGCAGACAGGUACUUCUCGCUGUCGCUCGUCCGCGCAAGGGCGAACUCAUCCGAACAGGCUCUGCUCAGCCGAUCCGGGGAGCUAGGUCUAGCGUAGCCGUCCUCCUCCGGAUCCCAAUUGGCCGGAUUCUACUGCGACACCUGGCCGAGCCAUGUUCGAUGACUUCGUCCAAAAUUCGCGUAGUCAGCCGCAAGCUGGUCCAUCCGGAUCAGGGACAGGAGGGCAAGGAGGCUUCGAGCCUGCUGAGCCCGUAACGGACGUCCUGCCCUUGACUGCGCUUGAAACGGGCUUCGUCUCCUCCGAGAAUGGCGCCGACUACAAUGUAGACACCAGCUCCUCCUCGCCAACGCAGCCCAUCUUCCAACUGGGUCGCGUCCAAUAUGCUUUUCCCGCCCCUUUGGCACACCUCACAGUAGCGUCCAACAUCCUUACCAUGUGCCUCUACGCCUACCCCUCAGGUCCAGUCUUACCUCAGAAUCUUCCCCCUCCUCCACACUUGGUUCGCAUCAACCUCGAUGAACCGGAACGAACGCUAGAGGCUGACGUACCGCUGGGCCCGCCGGCAAGGAACAAUGCAAGGGGACAGGGAGGGCAGGCUUUGCCACUCGAUGCCUCUUCGUUGGGACCGCACAAGAUGUUCGCAGAUCCUUCGGGCAGACACCUCGUGCUCUCGAUGCGCUCAGGAGACAACUAUUACUGGGCAUCAGGCUGGAAGAAAGCGAGGCUUCUGCCCAAGUGGAAGGGAACCGUAGUCGAGAGUAUCGCAUGGCAUCCUCGCGCCAGCAGUAGCAGUAGCUCGAGCUCCUCUUCUCGCUCUUCAUCAACGCGCGAAAUCCUCGUAGGCUCACGGUCAGGCUCCAUCUUCGAGGCCGUCCUCGUUCCGCCAGCCACAAAUCCAGACGACGAUGAGUCUCAAGGCGACUUCCUCGACCGUCUGGCGCGUAGAACAGCAGGGGCUGCUUCGAGCAGCAUCGGCGUCGGCGGUUCUGGCUCAGAGAUUGACAGGGUCUUCAGAACCCUCUUCACCCUCUCAGAGCGGCAAGCCAUCAGUGGCCUGACGGUCACGCAUUUCGGCGGUGGGACAGGAGGCGGAAGAACAAAGGCUGCCGUUGUGGCCACGACUAGUACACGCAUCUACGAAUUUGUAGCCGGCAUGGGAAAGGAGCAGGGUAGGAAGGAUGAGGGCAAUGAAGCCGUUAGCGCGUAUGCGAAAGUCUUCGAGCCUUACAAGGGGACGGUACCUAAUCUCAAAUCCGAGCUUCCCGGUGCCGUCCCUCACUCCGAAUUGCGCGUCUGGUCGCCCAACAGCGAGUCCGGCCGCGUCACCACUCCAAAAGCCCUCGCCUGGCUUACAGGUCCUGGCGUCUACCAUGGACUGCUCAGCUUCGCCGACCAAGAUGUCGGGGACAGUGUCAUCGACAGCGCCAAUCUGCUGCCAUACCCGGCAGUGGUCAAUGACGACCAAGAAGGAGGAGGGGCUCAGAAUGGCGGACGAGACGGCGAAGCGGUAGCAGAGAUCCCGCUGGGUAUAGCGCUUACGGAGUUUCACUUUGUGCUCCUGUACGAAAAUCGAGUGAUGUGCAUCAGCUCCCUAGACGAUCGUCCGAUCUUCUCCUCUUCCCUCCCACUCUCACCAAACGAAAAGGUCCUAGGCACAACCGUCGACUCUCAGCGCAAGACCUACUGGAUCUACACGACCGCGAGCAUCUUUGAGCUCGUCGUUCACCAGGAAGACCGGGACGUCUGGCGCGUCUAUCUCUCUCGCGGCAGCCACGAGCUGGCACUCCGACACUGCAAGACGAGCACACAGCGCGAGCUGGUGCUUUCAGCCCAGGGAGAUAGGGCCUACGAGGAAGGAAAGUAUAUCCAGGCUGCUCAGGCGUAUGCGCAAAGUUUCGCACGCACUUUCGAGGAGGUUGUGCUUCGUCUGCUCGACGUCGAUGCCAGGGACGCUUUGCGGUACUACCUCGUCUCGCGGCUGGAGCGACUGAGGAAGAGCGACACGACACAACGUACUCUUUUGGCUACCUGGCUUGUCGAAAUGUACCUGGGCAAGCUGGACGAUCUAGACGACCUCGCCGCUUCGCAGGCUGCCAGCGCUGAUGUGGAUAAUUAUCGCGUCGAGGCUGGUUUGGUGGAGGAGGAGCUGCGUCAAUUCCUCGUUACAUACAAAGGAGAUCUCGACAGGCGGACCACCUUUUCCUUGAUCGGCAGGCAUGGGCGCAGCGAGGUCAUGCUGCAUUAUGCCGGCGUCGUGGGAGAGUGGGAGCGGGUGGUACGAUAUUGGAUCGAGCGAAAGGAGUGGGAGAAGGUGGUAGAGGUGUUGAGUGGCCUGAAGGCAGACAGCGGCCACCUCGCCCUCUACUAUCGCUUCUCGACCAUCCUCAUGCGUCACGCACCCCGCACGCUCGUCGAUGCCUGGCUACGCCAGGACGCCUUGAAGCCGCGCAAGCUCAUUCCCGCGAUGCUACAGCACAAGCCAGCAAAGGGGCAGAUGAACGAAGCAGAGCGCUACCUCCGCCACAUCAUCUGGGAGCAAGAUAACACGGACGCGGCCGUGCACAACUUCUACCUCACACUGUUGGCGGGACAAGAGAGCGAGUAUCAGCAGGCGAGCAAAGUCAAUGGCCAUCCCGACGAGAGCAAUGGCACAACGAGCGCAACCACGGAGGGCCCUCUGCUCUCCUUCCUUCUUGACGGGCCAGCCGACCCACUCACUGGAAUGCCCUACUUCGACCUCGACUACGCACUACGCCUCUGCUCCUCACGCGGGCUGCACGGCGCAAGCGUGAGGAUAUACGCCAAGAUGGGCUUGCAUGACGAAGCCGUCGACCUCGCACUUCAGGAGGGGGACGUGGACCUCGCCUGCGCCUGCGCCGAUGAAGCCGGUAGCGGGUCGAGCAGUUCCGGCGCCACAGAGGAGGAAGUAGACGCACUUCGUCGCAAGCUCUGGCUUCGAGUUGCAAAGCACGUAGUCCCCUCCUCCUCCCCCACCGCAUCCUCAGAGGAGUCUAUUCGCCACUCGAUCUCCUUCCUCUCCCUCGCCCCGCCGCAUCUACUCACGAUAGAGGAUAUCCUCCCCUUCUUCCCCGACUUCACCCUCCUCGAUCCCUUCCGCGAAGAAGUCUGCGCAGCUCUUGAUGCGCACGCUGCACGGAUUGAUACUUUGCAGGGUGAGAUGGAAGCGGCGGCUAAGAGUGCCGAGCAUAUCCGCGAGGAUAUCGCGAAGUUGAGUGAGAGAUUCGUGACAGUCGAAGAGGGGGAGCAGUGUGGUCUAGAGUGUGGGAAAGGGCCGGUGCUAGGCGGUACAGUGGGUGGAGCUGCGCAGGGACAGGGGCAGUUCUAUAUCUUCCCCUGUCGACACGCCUUCCACGCCGACUGCCUCGUGCAGGACACCACCUCUCGACUGCCCCCUCGAGCUCUGCGGCGCUUAGUAGAGAUUCAGGGCCAGCUGGCCAAAGCUGCUGGCUUGGCACCAGCGACAGCCUUGGCUGCGGCCGCUGCUACCAGCAAUGAUGCCGCGCAGAAAGGAGCGACAGCAUCCACCGUCGGGUCGCUCAGCAAGAAGACCGGCGUGCCAGCGGCCACUGCCGCCACGACCAAUUUGCUGGUGGAUCGACUGCCCGAGGCGCUCAUCUCGGUUCUCAGCGCAGGCGUCAACGUCGGCGUGGCUGGCUCAAAGCGAGUCUUUGCACCCCUGGACCCCUUCCUAUCCACCCCGGCGUACAACGCUCCUCAGCAGCAGCCAGAGAUCGAGCAAGGCGCAGCAGGCAGGCGGCGAGGCGACGAAGAGAAGGAGCGCGAGGUUGCGCGUCUGCGCGACGAGAUGGACGGAAUCAUUGCGGCUGCCUGCCCGUUGUGCGAGGGGAGCUUGGCCGAUCUGCAACGGCCAUUUGUUGGAGGCGGGGCCACUAGAGGAGCGGCGUCAGCGGCAAUGGCGAAGCGCGGCAGGGGAGGCAAGGGAGCAGAAAAGGAGGAGAGGGAGGAGGAAGAGAGAUGGGCUUUGUAGCGGUCAAGAAGGGUAAAUGCCGGUCGACGGUAUGGACGAGAAGCCUUUGGUAUUGUUUCUGGUCUGUUUGAAUAGCUAUGGAUAACUUAGAGCAUAUUCAAAGGUGAAGCCAGUUCAGUAUAGGAUAACGAGAAGGUAGCCGCUUCAAUGAUCUUGGGGACCUCCUUGGCCCCUCAUGCU